AUGCAAAAUAGGCAACCUAGCAGACCCCUUCUCUUUUUUAACUCUCAAAAUCAGUCACCAACUAAUGCCCAAUACAUGCAACUCAAUAGCAACCCUAAUCAGGUGAUGUUUCAGCAGCAUGAUUCUCAUUCAUAGCAUAAACAGGGCAGAAUGAUUGCAUCUCCAUUGCAGAUAACAUGUGAUCUCUCGGACCAAGAUCAAACCUAGACAGUCCACAAUUAUAAUCAGCAAUACUACCCAAGAUUUGAAGUUUACAUGCGUUGUGUAACUUGGGGUAGAGACUCUCAUGGCUUAUUUGACUACGAAUCCAGAUAAAUACAAAAGAGAAAUAUAAAGUCGUAUACAGGAGGCAAAAUAAUUAGAGUAAAUAAUGAUGUAGAGUUUAUAAGCAGACAGUCAACUGCUUAGGAAUUUCAUCCCGAAGCGAAACCUUUGAUUAUUGUGCAUGAAAAAAAUGGUACAAUCAUAUUUUUGUAAAUAAUCAAUUUGAUAGGCAAGUUUUUCGUCGAAAAUGACACUCUAGUCGCUUUUUAAUCAGAAGAAGAAGCUCAAAAGGCAAGCACUGAUGAGGAUGUCAACAACAAAAUGUUCAUUGUUGUAAGAAACCUAAAAACUACUUCUUCUAAGACAGAUUAUCGACUAAAGAAAGGUGAUAUUAUAAAGCUUGGAAGAAUAAAGUUCAAGGUCAAGGAUUUCAGAGCAGAUAACACCCCUGCGAAUAUUGAUCUGAACAGAAGACAAAGUUAUUCCCCCGUGAAAAAAGGAGUAGCAGGAUAGCCAUAGAUAGUUGAAGAUGAAUACUGGCUUGGUGGAGAUGAUUUCUCAGAAGAAGCCAUCGAAAUCGAUUGCGGUGUUGUAGAUUCAACUUAAAAUGAUAUUUAAUGUAAAGUCUGUUGGAGUAAUGAAUAAAGUCCCUCUAAUCCUUUAUUAAAUUCUUGUAAAUGUGAUGGUUCUGUUAGAUUUAUCCAUUAUGAGUGUUUGAAGCAUUGGCUCAAACAAAAAAUGCAGAAGAAAGAAGAAGACCAUCUAGUGUCUUACACUUGGAAACAAUUUGAAUGCGAAAUAUGCAAGAAACCUUAUCCAUAUAUAUUUAAAUCAAAUGGUAGAAAAUAUAGAUUAGUUGAUGUGGAUGUUCCAGAACAAUAGAAUUUCUUGUGGCUUGAAUCUCUAACAUUCGAGAAAAAUUCCUCAAGAAUGGUUCAUCUGAUCAUGCCAAAUGAGAAACUCUACCAAUUCAAAUUAGGCAGAGGACACGAGUCUGAUGUGAGAGUGAGCGAUAUCUCAGUUAGCAGAUGCCAUGCCAUCUUGAAGUACGAUACAAACGACAAUGGAUACUACCUCGAGGAUAAUCUUUCAAAGUUUGGAACACUUGUAUUGGCUAAGUAAGCCAUCGAGUUAGAUGUUGAUUGUACAAAAGCUGUUUAAAUAGGUAGAAGUGUUAUUUCUUUUACAGUUAAACCCACUAAUAAUGCAUAGAUCCCUGUGAGAACUCCUUCCCCACAAAGACAGGAUUAUCAAUAUUCUAAACAAUAGUCUGUCGAAGAGUAGAUAAAAUUAAAGAUAGAGGAAACAAACAAAAAGAUCUGUCAGAUUAUGAAGAAUAAUAAUCCUGUAGCAAAUAAUACUAAUCUUUUAAGUUAAAACUAAUAAAACUUGUAUCUACAAUAGAUUUAGCAUUAACAGUAUCAGGAUGUUGAAAUGGCAGAUCAAGCUGAGUUAGCUUAAUACUUGAAUCAGAAUAACAAUAAUAUUCCUUAGAUUGAAAAUAAUUAGGUUCUAGAGAGUCAAUCAUAUGAUUUCAGAAAUCAUGGUUCUUUCUAUGAUAACUAAAACUUCAGCUAAUUUGAAAGAGACAAACUUAAUGCUACUCUUUAGAAAUUUGAGAAAAGCAUUACUAAUGUUGAGUAAAAGUUAGCAGAAAGAGAGACAAGAUAUAUGAAUUAACCAGGAGCAACAAGAAGCUAAAAUGAAAUUAACCCUCAUAAUCAGAAUCACCAAUAGUAAUAUCAAUCUCCUCCAAGAUAGAGAAACUAAAUUAGCAAUCAAUUCUAAGAAUUCAAUCAUGAUAUAUCUGCAGAGCAAGAUGAAGCAGUUAUGAGAACUCAAUAUAAGCACUAAGUAACUCAUAAUGAGUGGAAGUACAGACAACUCUUGGGAAACAUAAACAAUCCAGAAUUGUUUGACUAAAGUCCCAUGAUUACUUAGAAUAAUUUUACUUGCGCUGAAAAACCAUCUAUAUCUUUCAAUUAGCUAAAGAGUAAAUAUGGCAUCUAGGAAAGAGAAUAAAAUAUGAAGCCAAGAACUGAGGCAAUCUAUAAGUUUGAAGACUUAAAGGAUGAAGUCGAUUAAGAAUUCUCGCAGGUACCUGAAGAGCAUGAAGAAGAUCCCCCUCUGAGAAUUAAAGGGUCAAGUAUGAGUUAUAAUAAUGAUCAAUCUCCUGUCAAAGUAGCUAGAAUUGAUUUCCAUUAAUAUAUGAACAAUAACAGUAAACCAGAACUCAACUUCUAAAAUCAUCCAUCAUACAAUAGAAAUUCCACUCUGAUUUAGAAGUCUAAUACUCAAUUUGGCUCUAAUCAUGUGAUUUAGCAGAAUAUCCCUAAUAACCAAUAGCAUCAUCUUGCUAAACCAGAGAAUAAUUACUUCUUGAAUUUAGAUACUCCAGCUAUUAACAGAUAAGAUGAAGGGCUAAAGUCAUAGGUUUAUCUCUCUCACUCGCCAAGUAAGGUUGAGUAUAGCAGAGCCUACAGUAAUGACUUGCAAAAUUAGUAAACCUUAACUUCUUAGACAGCAACUGUGAAUUAUCAUCCUUAAAGAACCAAUACUACGACAAACACUACAACUGCAAUUAAUAAACCUUAGCAUAAUUAUUAGAAUAGUAAUACCAUCGGCUCUAACAGCAAUUCCCAUAAAUAUGUACAUAAUGAUAAUUUGAAAAGAGUAAACAGCCCAGAUAAGAAGCAGUCAACUUAUAAAUACAACGAGCAACCAUAAUCGUCAUAUCUCUAGAAGAAUACAUAUAUGUAUAACAAUUAAAGUAAUAAGAGAACCUCUUCUCAAUCACCUUGGAGAUUAAUGAGCGAUGAUUAAGAUGCUCAUACUAUUGUCACUCCAGUAAAAGAUAAGUAUAGUCAUCAAUAACAGCAGCAAUAGUAAAUGCAUCAUCAGUAAUCCAAUAACUAAUAAAGUAAGAAGUAAGUAGAAUAGCAUCAUCAAACAAUCAGUGGAAUGUAUAAGAAUAUUAGAUCUCAUAAUAACACCUCAUACAAGUACAAGAAUGGGUAGCAAGUAAACUAAUCGCCAUAAAAGUAUUCAAAUGGAAGCAACUUCUAGGUAAACACACCUAAUAGAAUGCAUCGAAAAGACUUGAGUAUGGGCAGGUCUAAUCUCCACAUGUAGAGUAACAAUAUUAACAAUGCGCAUAACUUCAAAGAAAGCAGUUCAAGCAACAACAUCAUGGCUUAGAACUCUGCAAGUAAGAGGAAGAAGACCACUAACCCAGGAACUGUAAGUAUAGGAGGUGGCUAGUCAUCAUCUAUCAAUCAAUAACUUUACUCUCGUCACCACUAGAUGCUAGAUAAAUUGAGCUCAGGAGCGAAUAACCACAAUGGUGGUAGCAGUAGCAACAACAACAUGAGAUACUGA